AGAACGCGAUCCCUUGCUUCUCUUCGACGAACCUCAUUUCUUGUAUCCUGUCACUGCCCAUUCUGUCUGAAUUGAUGUAUAAAUAUUUGAAACAUUAAAAGGGAGGCUUAAAUCAAUAUCGGGUUGUUGGUUUUAGCUUUUGGGUUGUCGAAAAAGUUAUAUACUUCGUUUUUUCUUGGGUUUCUUUUCAUGGCUGGAAAAGUUGUAGAUGCUGAGUACUCGAAGGAGAUUGAGAAGGCUCGUCGAGACCUUCGCGCUCUCAUUGCUAGCAAAAGUUGUGCUCCCAUCAUGCUUCGUUUAGCGUGGCAUGAUGCAGGGACUUAUGAUGCAAAAACAAAGACAGGAGGGCCCAAUGGUUCCAUCAGGAAUGAGAAAGAGCUAGCACAUGCUGCAAACAGUGGUAUCAAAAUUGCUAUUGAUUUUUGUGAGGGAAUCAAGGCCAAACACCCCAAAAUUACAUAUGCUGACUUAUAUCAGCUUGCUGGGGUUGUUGCAGUUGAGGUAACCGGAGGCCCUACUAUUGACUUUGUUCCAGGAAGAAAGGAUUCGCUGGAAUCUCCUGAAGAAGGGCGUCUUCCUGAUGCAAAACAAGGAGCAUCACAUUUAAGGGAUGUGUUCUAUCGCAUGGGUCUAUCGGACAAGGACAUUGUGGCACUGUCUGGAGGCCACACAUUGGGAAGGGCUCAUCGAGAUAGAUCAGGCUUUGAUGGCCCUUGGACAAAGGAGCCUUUGAAGUUUGACAACUCUUACUUCCAGGAGCUCCUGAAAGGGGAUUCAGAGGGACUGUUAAAACUGCAGACAGACAGGGUUCUUGUUGAAGAUCCCGAGUUCCGCAAAUAUGUCUUGCUGUACGCAGAGGAUGAGGAUGCAUUCUUUUCAGAUUAUGCAGCAUCACACAAGAAGUUAUCAGAGCUGGGCUUUUCUCCUCCUUCCUCGAGUCUCAAAGCAAUUACAGAGAACAGUACCUUGCUAGCUCAAAGUGCUGUGGGAGUCGCCGUUGCUGCAACUGUAAUAAUCCUAAGUUACUUCUAUGAAAUUAACAGAAGAGUGCAGUGAACUUGAAGAGUCAUGUUUGGACUUCUUAAAGAUCAGCAGAACAAGUGACUUUGCAAAACAUAUAGAUUAUAGGAACUAUCAAUUGCAAUAAUAAAGAAAGGUUGUUUUCUA